CGAAUGGGACACAAUUUUCGUAACGGCUCUUUGCGAAACUUGAAACUGUUCGGAUAGACUGAACGAUGAGCAUGAACGUGAGAUGAUGCCAGGCACGUCUCGCCAAUUGGGAACUACGAAAGGUGGCCCUGAGUGGGACACAUUGAUGGAGGUUUAUCAUGAACCAAUUGAAAAAAAUUAUAAAUUAUUGGAAGAAAUUGGCAAGGGACAAUUUGCGAUAGUAAGAAAAUGUAUGGAACUAAGUACAGGGGAGCUAUUUGCUGCCAAAAUUAUGAGAAAAAGAAGAGUUGCCAGAGGUGUGGCAGCAGCAGAUAUUGCUCGAGAAGCAGGUUUAUUAGCAAGACUAAGGCAUCCAAAUAUUGUUUCUCUGCACAGAGUUGUAGAUACAGGCACAACUGUUGUUUUACUUUUGGAAUUAAUUUCUGGGGGGGAGCUCUUUCAUUGGGUACCAUCUGGUGAAUUAGAAGCUGCACAUGUGGUUCGUCAAGUUUUAAUGGCACUUAGUCACUUACAUUCACAUCAAGUUGCUCACUUAGACAUCAAGCCUGAAAAUAUUCUUUUAUCAACUCCUCCACCAAUGCCGAAUAUAAAAUUAAUAGAUCUAGGUCUCUCGCAUCGAUUAGUACCUGGAUCAGAACAUAGAGCACUAUUUGGUACACCUGAGUUUGUUGCUCCUGAAAUUGUAAAUUAUGAACCACUCAGUUUGGGAACUGAUCUUUGGGCAGUUGGUGUUUUAACUUAUAUUCUUUUAAGCGGUGCAUCGCCAUUUCUAGGCGAAGAUAAACAAGAAACUUAUACAAAUGUUGCAGCAUGCCAAUAUCAAUUUGACAAUGAGUAUUUCAGUAAUGUAUCUGAAAUUGCCAAAGAUUUCAUAAGAUCCUUGUUGAUCAAGGAUCCAAAAGAAAGAGGGACUGCAGAAUCGUGCCUUAAACAUCCUUGGAUCCUCACGGAAUCGGAAGCCUCUCAAGGUCUUGGUGGAGCUAUGAUUAGUGCUGUUAAACGAGGCUGUGUUGAGGCUGUGUCUCAGUUAUUACUUCAAGGAGCACCAUUGAACGUAAAAGAUUCUAAAGAAGACACUCUUUUACACAUAGCUUGUGAAGCAGGAGAUGAGGGAAUGGUAACAUUUUUAAUAGAGAGUGGAAUAGAUUUGGAUACACCCAAUGAAAAGGGCUUAACACCACUACAUGUGGCUGCUAGACACGGUUUCAUUAAUCUCGUUAGACAUUUGUGCCUUGCUGGUUGCGACGUUGACAAAACGAAUCGUGGAAUCAGAGCGGACGUGACAGCAAUUAAGUACGGACAUCCCGAUAUCGCGUCAUUACUAGAUAAGCUUCGAAAUCCCAUUCAACGUGAGAACUAUAUAAAACAGUUGCAACCAACACAUAGACCAAUAGAUCGUCUACAUGUAAGACUUUUAGGACAUUGUGCAUCAGGAAAAUCAUCUUUAAUAAAUUCUUUAAAAUCUGGUAUUUUUAGUUUUGGAUUUUUUAGAAGAUCAAGAAGUCAGAAUUAUACAGCGAAGAGGGAACCAAGUAUUGAAUUAGAUGUAACUAGCAAGCAUGGUUCACUUAGUUUUGAAUAUAGUGAUAGUGAAUAUGAAGGUACACAAGGAGUAGAGUGGAGUCGGGGCAAUGUAGGUGGAGAAUGUGUUUUUUGGGAGUUAUGUGGACGCGAGGAGUUUCUAGCCUCUUAUCACUAUGUGCUUACUUUUCAACAACCUGCAGUACACCUUAUAACAGUCAGUCUUAGAGAACCUCUAACUGUACAACUUCAGCAAAUAAAAUUUUGGCUACAAUUUAUUUCCGAUCGUAUUGCAUCAACUAAUUUUGGUUUUGGUGGCAAAUAUAGUGACGUAAAAGUAAUCUUAGUUGGAACUUAUGCACCAGAACCACUUGCUCCAAAUUCGAAUACUAGUAUCCCUCUUGCACCACUUUUACCUUUUUUAAAAGAGUUCACAUCGAUUUUGGGGGAUGAUCCUCAAAUGGUCGCAGUGGAUGCAACUAAUCCUUCUAGUCCCGGUCUGAAACUUCUAAGAUCAUACUUGAAUAAUGCAAGGAUGGAAUUUCUAGAGGAAGGACCGGAAGUUGCAGAAAGUAUUCUCCGACGUGACACGCCGCGGGCUGCGGCCACGUACGUGCCCUUGGCGAAUCUUGAUAAACAGAGCGCACUAGUCUGGACUGGUCUCGCUGAAUCUUGGAGAGCAUAUGUGCAAACUUUAGAGGUACCUCCGGUAAUAUUUACACAGGAGGAAUUUUUGAAGGAAGUGAGAAAAAUUAAUCCAUUAGUUUGUUUAGAACAUUGUAGACACCUUGGAUUACAAUUACAGAAUUUAGGGGAAUGCAUGCUUCUUCCCGGGAAUCUAAUAGUUCUAAGUCCAGAAUGGUUCUGGCAGGAUGUAAUAAAUUGGCAGCUAAGUCCAGAACAGAGGGGACGUCUUGGAGGACGUACUACGGGAGUGUAUGCUUUGGAAGAUUUUCAGGCUCGCUCUCCGUGUCCCGCGAGUCAAGCUUUGCAAGCUUUGCAAGCAGUAAACUUAUGUGUUCCGUGUGAAGUGGACGACGACGAAGUGGAGUAUGAAAUACCCUGCUUGAACCUUGUCGAGCGUUUACCAGGAUUAUGGGAACCAUGGAAACCAUGCUCUAAUAUAUUACCUCACACAGGUCUUCGUCUGGCUCCAUCUGAAGCAGCUUUGUAUCAUUUAAUUGCAAUAUUCCCACAUUUGCAAGCACAACUGAGGAAAAUUACUCAGUCUUGGGAUCCAUCAAACUCCGAUCUAUAUCAGUGGUGGCGAGGAUCAAAAUUGUGUAUUGGACCUUGUGAAAGUAUUAUAACUUUCGAAGAAGAAGAACAAAGUUGUAUGGAGAUAAGAGUACGCGGGCCACGGGGUACUAGUGCCCAAUGCUUUGCACUUCUAAGCAUUAUCAUCGACUCUAUUGAAACGACAAUUGAGUUAGUCGCUCCAGGGAUGUUACUCGAAAGACAUUGGUUGAGUCCUAGUCAACUUCGUGAAUACGAUGAAGUUGUACAUUCUUGGGAACCAGCACCUGUUAUAUCAUCUUUAAUAGAUAAAGGUCUUGAAGAGGCAGUUCUUACAAAUCCUUUGAACGGUCAAGAAGAAACGGUAUGGGAAAUCGUGGGUUGCGGCUUACCUUUAAUAGAAAAUUGUCUUCCUGGACCAAAACAACCCGUAAAGCAUAUAAAACCUGCUGUACAAAGAAGGUUAGCGCAAAUGCUUGAUCCUCCUGAUCGUCAUGGAAGAGACUGGUGUUUACUCGCGGUGAGACUCGGUUUGGGAGAUCGAGUUGCACAGCUGGAUAGUACUGUGGACAGUCCAACGUUAAGAUUACUGAACACUGCAGGUGCGGACUGUUCCGUGGGUUCCCUGAUACAGCAAUUACGGGCCCUCGAUAGAGAAGAUGCUGUGCAUCUUUUGCUCUCAUUUACGCCAACGUAUAUAUUGUCAACAGCUAUUGACUCUGAAACGGGAUCUAAUCUCUCUAGAUGACAAUGCUGCGCUUAUCAAUGGUGCAUUAAUACUUUCUAAACAAGGCAUGUCCGAUGAAAAUUUUUGGCCACGUCGUGGUUUUUGAUAGACUUAUUACGUCACCGCUUCCGCCCAACAUAAAUUUUGCAUUGUUCUUUAAACCUAAGUAUGUACAUUACUAGUAUAUUGUAUGUGUACUUCUAUAGAGGUAUGUUGAAAUGCACACGCACCGAUGUGUACUUUUAUAUCAACUUAUUAACAAGCACUUUAAG